AUGAGACUGGACCUCAAAGUGGUCAUGAGACUGGACCUCACAGUGGUCAUGAGACUGGACCUCACAGUGGUCAUGAGACUGGGGGAUUGUAACGGAACAGAGGCCAUGGGGUCGUUCACGCUCAACUCUCCCGUAGCUACUCUUCGCGCACUGAUCACCGUGCGUCACGAGUCCUUCGCGCUGGAGCUGGUGGGACUGUUUGAGGGCACGGUGGCGAAGCUGGAGGCCGAGGUGCGCGCACUGAGAGCGGAGAACCUGCGGCAGGCGCGCGUCAUACAGGAGGCGCAGGACAAAGAGGCAAGAGAGAAGGAGGCCCGGGAGAAGGAGGCACGGGAGGAGGAGGCCCGGGAGAAGGAGGCCUGGGAGGAGGAGGUCCGGAAGAAGGAGGCCUGGGAGAAGGAGGCACGGAAGAAGGAGGCCCGGGAGAAGGAGGCACGGAAGAAGGAGGCCCGGGAGAAGGAGGCACGGAAGAAGGAGGCCCGGGAGAAGGAGGCCCGGGAGAAGGAGGCCCGGGAGAAGGAGGCCCGGGAGAAGGAGGCCCGGGAGAGGAGCAGAGCGGAGCAGGAGAGGAGAGAUGUGCGCAGACACAGAGCAGAAGAGGCUAAGGAGGAGAUGGUGACGGAACAUUCUUCUGACUCUGACACGGGAGGUAGACGUGUCGUUCAAAACCAGGUCAGAGAGGAGGAGCUGGGACCAGUGGAGGCCCUCACCGAGAACUCCUCCGACUCCGAACCAGAAGAGAAUCCCUCAAACGCUGUCAAGGUUGUCAAGGUUGUCAAGGUUGUCAACACCGUCACCAGGACAGAUAACACAGAGCCGCUGACAGAGCAUUCGUCUCAGUCUGAAGGAGAAGACGCUCAGACGCCAUCUCAGCGCCCUCCCGUCGCCACGCCGCAGUUCUCGUGUUCCUUUUGCGGCAAACGCUUCAGCAAGAAGUCAAUCCUGAAGCUGCACGAGGCGUUCCACCAGGACAGCCGGCCCUUCGAGUGCUUCGAGUGCGGACAGAGCUUCACCAAGCAGCACCGGCUCGACCGCCACAUGAAGUUCCACAAGCGCAGGAGGCCGCGGCACCGGGAGGAUGCGGCGCAGAAGGAGGAGGCGGUGGAGGAGAAGAGGGAGGGGGGCGCGCCACAGGAUGCCCACGGCCGAGACGCGGUUGAAAAACUUGCAGCUGGCUGGGAUGCACAGGCCGUCAGCCCGUCUGCAGUGAUCACAGCAACGAUAGACCAGCUGUUGGUGGGCAAUUCUGCGGCCAAGUUUGAAGAGGAACAGACUGAAGCUGUUGCUGAGAACAAUACAGCGGAGCAGCUGGAUCUCACGUCGUGCGCAGAAAAUCCGGAGUGUCCUGUCUGUGGGAAAACCUUCUCCAACACGGGCAAUAUGACGAAACACGUGCGUGACAUCCACGGCAAAAAGUCAUUUUUCCAGCCUAACUUGAAGAAGAGCCUGGAGUUCCGCCACACGCAUCUGCAGUGCGCGCAGUGUAACCAGCGCUUCCGCUUCCGCAGUGCGCUGUCUCGACACAUGGACGAGGCUCACGGCACACCACCCAGCAUGCAGCCGCAGAGCAACCCAACAAAACGCUUCCCAUGCGCGAUUUGUCAGAAGAGCUUCCAGUUUCAAAGUGGGCUUUGGCGCCAUAAGGUGAAUGCCCACAGCGCCCCUCCGAAGGCCCACAGCGCUCCGAGCCCCAAGCCCUAUCAGUGCCCCGUGUGCAAAAAGUGCUUCCGGGACAAGCAUUAUCUGCUGGACCAUGUGCGCAUUCACAACGGGGAGAAGCCGUACCAGUGCGCGAGCUGCAGCAAAGUGUUCACCUUCAGGACUUCGCUGAAAAUGCACAUGAAGCAGCAUGUGGGGAAGAAUGGCAGUGCGUAUUAG